UGUUUUUGAUUUAUGGAUCAUCUUAUCAGACCUAGGGAUUCAAAGCUUAAGAGGGCACCAGCAUUUUAUUUAUAGGAAAAGGGAAAGGGGUAAACAAUACACAUGGAUGAUACGGUUAUAAAAUUUUUGGGGAUUUGGUGACAAACUACUAUAGGUGGGGGGGUUUCUCUACUAGUAGACCAGUUUAUAAUGGAGCAGGGGAAGUUUUAACAUAAGGCACCUAGGUCGAAAGUAUAUAAAAUAAAGUUGCUAUAUUGUGUACAGAUAUAGUAAAUGUUUAUUCAUAGGUUUCAUUAAUCAGUAUUGUUUUACAUAUGCUAAAUUUGAAAUACUUGAGAUACCAAUAUUUGCUUAGCGCCUCUAAUGAUAAUGUGAAUUAUGGGUCUAGUUCAUACAUGGAAAUAGAAAAUAUUAGUAUGCCUGAUGCUGUGGGAAUGAUUCUAUCUGAUAGCACGAUGGAAAUGGAGUUGGAUAGCAACCGAAGCGAUCAUAAGCAGCCUGAUAGUAGAAUUAAUAAUAGCGGAAAUAAUAUCAAUGUGCAAAGUUCACCUACUUCGACAGAAUCUCAUUAUUGAUGCAUCUCAACUGGAUUUAAAACAGGGCAACGCGAAAAACAGCAAUAAUAAUAAUGAUGAUAAUAGCAAAAAUGAACAAAAGAAACCCCAAAGCAAAACAAAACCACGCCUGCAGAACAAGAAUGCACUUUAGAGACCUUAUUCACAUCGUGAUUAGAAAGGUGUGUGGAAGCAUAGGUUGGAAUGCUGCUCUCAACUGGAUUUCGUAGUCUCUAUUCACACAGCAAAAAAAGAAGGCUAACUUGUUUCUGCUUUCCUUUCUGUCUUCUACCCAACUCCUUGUAAGGUAAAAGCAGGAUCAGCGUUCUGUCAGGAGAACAAUUUUCAUUCAAACUCUGACCACCAACAACAUCAAGAGACUCUGGCAGAUGCCAUCAACCAUGGUUGUCCUCUUGACUUUCUUUCUUCUCAUUCUGGCUUCAGCAGAAUGCCGUCAAAUGUGUUAUAGCUGCCAAUACACCAUCACCUCAACCAAACAAGGUAUAGAGUGUAGCGAGCAUUUCAACGAAACAUCAAAAAUGUACAGAUGUUCAUUUUCUUGUCUCAUAAGAACUUUGAGAAACACAGCGACUCAAGAAAUAACGUCAGCCUUCCGUGGCUGCGCUGCACCUGAAUCGAGUGGAUGUCUUGAUAUCAACGGUGUGACACGAUGUUCUUACACAUGCAAUAAAGAUUUAUGCAACACCAUGAGUAUUGACAAACUUGAAGAGAAAUAUGGUUUGAAGAAUGGAACAAAUGUAAUAUAUGGCAAUAAUUUCAUAAUAGUUAUUACUUUUCUUAUACUGAACUGUAUCAGCCUUCUAAAACUAUCUUAGUUCUUAACUCUCGGGUUACCAUAUUUCUCUUGAAUACAUUAUUAUUUUCUAAAAGAAUUGAAAUAAAGGUAAAGAUUUAAGUG